CUUGACCACUUAAGACCGCGAAGUCUGUAUUUCUGUUCUCCAUGAUGAUGAUAAAUCUUGAUUUAAGUGUGGCUGCUGCUUUGCGCAAGUCUGGAGGCAUACUCAAUCCCAUUCCUAUGGGAGAUGCCAUCCUUUUCGGUAGCAACACAAGACAAGAACCUUUUACAUUGGUGACCCUUACUGAUGACCAGCGUUUUGCCAUUGAGAGGGCAAAGAAGUAUGCUUUAGAGCAGAGUAUUCAAAAUGCACUCAGCAAACAAGCAGCGCAGUUACAUCAGCAGGACCUAAACACAAUCAAGAGAAAUCAAGCCCUCAUCUUGCUGAGUCGAAUAUAUGUUGGGUCAAUUAGUUUUGAAAUUGGGGAGGAAGAAAUUCGUAAGACUUUUUCUCCGUUUGGACCAAUCAAGUCUGUCGCUCUGAGCUGGGAUACAGUUCUCCAGAAACACAAAGGGUUUGCAUUCGUGGAGUUUGAAGUCCCAGAAGCUGCAUCUUUGGCUUUGGAACAGAUGAACGGUUACACAUUAGCUGGUAGAAACCUCAAGGUUGGUCGACCGAGUAAUGCCCCUCAGACUGCUGCUCUGGAGGCUGAAUUGCGCGCAGAAGCCAGCACUAAACCUCGUGUGUAUAUUGCUUCAGUACAUCCAGAACUAACUGAAUCCGAUAUUCAAACUGUUUUUGAGGCAUUUGGGAAAGUUAACAGCUGCAGCUUGUAUCCAGAUCCUAAAUGUCCUGGUCGCCAUCGGGGUUUUGGCUACAUUGAUUUCGAAUCAGAAGAAGCCGCUAUUGCGGCUGUUUCAAGUAUGAACUGCUUUGACUUAGCCGGACAACAACUCCGUGUUGGACGCGCCAUUACGCCUAAAGGAGUGCCUCUCCCGUUCGAACUCAAUGCCAACAAAGGCUUGACUUCAGUUUCAACCAACCCGAUAUCAACCUCGGCUGUUGCCUUUGCGGCUGCAUCGAUUUCCGCUAAGGUUAUGACACUGUCUGCAGAGGAGAUGACUGCAAGCAACCUUAAUGGAACUAAUCGUUCUGCACCUACUGGAUUCUCUGGUCCACCUACAGCUGUACAAAACCUUCCGCCCCCUGGUGUUUUUAUUCCUACUACUAUUGGUGACACUGUACCACCAGCAUUGGAAGAAAAGCAGAUUGAAGAUGUAGUUUCCAUCACAACUGCGUCUGUUUGGGAUGACGAUGACGACUCAGCAAUCCCUCUCCCAACUUCUACGGAAGAAGUUCCUGAGAUCCCUACUGUAAACGAAAUGGAACAGGAUCAUCCCAGUGUGGUUAGUCACGUAAAUGACGCUGAAGACACUGAAGAUAUAUUCACUAUCAGCAUGUCCAGGGUCUUAUUACUGGAAAAUAUGGUAGGUGUUAAUGAAGUAGAUGAUGAACUCCAAGAGGAAGUAAUGGAAGAAUGUGGGAAUUAUGGCUCGGUGCUACGAGUUUUGAUACACAUAAUGGGAAAUCAGGACGUGCGCAUUUUUAUUCAGUUCGACCGAUCGGAUGAUGCAAAAUCAGCAUGCAAUGCUUUGAAUCAACGAUAUUUCGCUGGACGGGUCGUACAAGCACGACUGUAUGAUGAAGAACGUUUCCAACUCCAUGAACUGGAUGACUAAGGAUAAUUUCUGUUUUGUGAAUUAUAUUUUAUUCGGAAAUGCAUCAGUAUUAACACCGUAACACUGUAAUAAGAAUAUUUAUGUGAACUAUUCGAUUUGUUAGCAGUUGUCCGAAUUCUUAUGUACUUGCUUCCCCUUAUCAUUUGUAUAUACACGCAGUGUUCAAUUUUAUAUUAAAUGAACGUUGAUUUUUUAAAAUGCCAAUUUCUAUUUUCAUAUAAGACCGAUUUUACAUUCUCCAUGCUGGUGACAUGAAUUUUUCUAUACACUGAUUGUGCGGAUCUUAUGGUGUUACUGACUUAUUGAGGAAUUCAUCAUAAAUAAUGUUUUAUUUUGCAUCUUGAAAUCUGCUUGGAAUUAAAGCCCUAUUUUGCUAUGUGAAAAGGCUCAAUUCCAUGUAUAAUGUUGAAGUUUGAGGUUGUAAGCUAAUGAUUCACUGAUGCUGGGUGAUGAUUGGAAGUGAAUGUUACCGAUGGGUUUUACGGGUAGGUUUUAAAGAUGUAUACAAAUCAACCUUGUAAUUUGCUUCAAUAAUCUUUAACUAUGGACAACAUUGAGUCUUUUUUGUGGCAACUUUAAAUUACAUUCUGGAGCCC